AAUAACCAUUGGCAGUUGUUAACUACAUUGUAAGCUCUGUUAGGUGAUCGUGAGCGGAACGUAUUCAAACUAUUGUCAAAUUCACUCUGUUAUCAGAAUGAAAAUGAUAUCUUUUAUUCUUUGUUAUCUAUAUGGAGAUGGACUAAAUAGUAAAUAUUAUGAAAAUGUAGUUAAUAUUAUUUCAUCGAAUAGUGUACUAAUUUUGUAUUAUUUGUUUUACUAAUUCAUUAGAUGUACUGUAGCUAGUAUUCAUAUUUUUUUAUCGAUGUAACCCAUUUACCGAUGUCAGCCCAUUCGCCAGAUUCGAUCGUCCACCACCGGUCUAACACCAAACAUGUGCAUCCGGUGGUUGGCUUAAAACGAGUAUCAUUUCAUGAAGACGUUAUCGAACCAGGCAAUGGAAAUCUCAUUCAAACACGAAUAGCAGAAUAUUAUACUGAAAGAGAAGCUCCUGAAGGACAAGAAGACCCACUACCAACUGAGGUGGAAUCCAAGCGAUCUGUUUUAAUACCGAAAAAACCAAAGUUUCCUUCCCUUUACAUACACAGUUUCAAUGUCAAUCUCAAGUCUCAACAAAUAGUUUUAGAUAAAAUACAGUUAGAAAUGAAUGAAAAAAAAUGGAGUAACGUUUGGAAUAAACAUUUAGAUAUAGCUUCUAACCAACUUAUCAACAUCAUUAAAAGAGAUAUUUCAUUAAAAACCAAAGAAUCUGUUUAUAAAGUAAAAAUAUAUGAUUUGUAUUUUAAUGUUCCAUUUUAUUUUUAUUGCAUUAAAUUGUUUAUCAUUUUAUUUUAGGUGUACAGGAUGUUAAGCACUGGUGGAUCACCUUUAUUUAUAGUUAUUACAAAUAUACGGUUUUGUGUUUUAACUAAAAAUGUAUAUUCUAAAAGAUUAGAAGUUUUUUAUAGUUCAAAUUUCACGAGCUUAGACCUAAUAGUUUUAGGUCCAAAUGAACAAACUGCAGUAUUUGUUAGCGAAAAGUCAAAAAAAUGUACUUUAAUGACAGCAAUAGAUGUGCAAUCAGCUCUUGAAAUGAUUGGCAGUCUUGAAUUUGCUUACAGACAUAGUGGACUUUAUAAUCCAAAUACUGCAUUUGUGGUCAUACAUAUUAACCAUAAUGAUAAAUUAUAUGAGGCUGUAAAAUCUCAAAUUUCAAUAGCUAAGGUAAGCAUGCCAUUAAUUGUCUACUCUAUGAAUAAUGUGUUUCCAAUUUGUUUACCUAAAUUAUUUUCAGAAUGAUAAAAUAAAAUAUUAUACUUGGUUGUGGUAUUAUAAAGAAAUUGAAUCUUCAAAUACAUCAAAAUCUCAUUUAGAAGAAUUUUUAAUGGUUAAAAAAGGAUCAAUAUGGAAACCAAAAUUUGUGCGUUUAAGGUUAUUAUUAGUUUAAUAAAACAAAAAUGUAUACAUAUUUACAAAAUAAGGCUAAAUAAAUAAACUUAAUCAUGUUUUAGUGAAGAUAUUUUAUACAUAUUUGAUGAUCCAAAUCAAAAAUUAUCAUGUGAAUCUAUACCAUUAAAGUUUGGUCGUUGUAAAAAAGUGAGAAAAAUUUGUUGUGAUCGACCACACUCUAUUGAAAUUUCAUUGAUUAAUUACCCAAUAAUUUUGGCACCAGCUAAUUGUAGUCAAGAAGAAAAAUGGUUUAAUGCUCUUAGUUAUGCUAUGAUGGGAGUAAGUUAAGAAUUAUAAUUUUAACUUAUUGUAUAAUUAUUAGUUUUUAGACUUUAUUUUAAUGAAAAGUUAUUAGUUUAAGAAAAUAUUAUAAAAUUAUGAUUUAUUAAACUCUCACAUAAUAAAAACCAUACUUAUAAACAAUCAAUUUCUAUAAAAAAAUGUAAAUUAAUGUGAAUAAUAAUAAUUUAAAAUACAUAUGGCUCAUUGAUCUAAUUACACGGGUGUCAUAAUAUUAUUAAUACAAAUUAAUUAAUCCAAUUUCAAGAUGUUGUCGAACCCUCACAUUACCAAUUUUGAUCUUGGUGUUCCACAGAUUUGACACAUACUGACAAAAUAUUUAUUUUUAUAUUAGAUUAAAUUAUGAAUAAUAGUGAUAGAUAGGGAUAUGAGAAGUGUGAGAAUAAAAGUUAGUGGAGUAAAAAUCAAUAGGAAGAAGUUAUUUUAUAAAAUUAUUUAUGAUAUUUUUAUUUAACUGUAUUUUUAUUCAUUUUCAGCAUAAAAAUUUCAAUGUUGAAACAAAAUUACCUGAUGGUUACUGCUGUUUAUUAACCAAUACUCAUAUUGUAUUGUACAAUUUUCCACACACAAUUAUUGACAGUAUGAUGUUAGUAAAUCUGGAUUCAUUAAAAUGUUCGCCUUCGCCAUCACAUUAUUAUGUUGUCAUUGUAAGAGAUUAAAUAAAAUGUAAAAUUUUAUAUUAAUAAAUAAGAAAAUGAUUUAAGAAUAACAAUAUUUAUUCUUAACAAUUUUUUUCCUUUUUAUGGAUAUGUAUAAUUUCACAUCUUAAUCACUGAUAACUUUAAUUUACAUUCUGAAUCUAUAGUAAUAAUUAUUAAUGUGUAUGUUUUGAUCACCUAGGAAUGGUCCUGUUAUGAUGCAACAUUAGAGGAAACUUCCAAUGAUUGGGUUGUGCAUUUUUCUUGUAAAUCGAGUUGUGAUGAAUUUAUAUCAUGGUUGUGUACACUAAGAUCAGAUUUAAAUGCUAUUGAAUUAACUGAAAAAAAGUCUAUACAGCGACAUGCAAAAAAUAAUAUUAAUUUACGAAGCUCACUAUAAAAACAAAAAUAUAUUUAACUAUUUUUAUGCUUAUAACCUAAAUCAAUUAAUAUUUAAUUUUUAAUUUUUUGUUACCACAAAUUAAGCUAAAGAUUAUGUUUUCACAUUGAUCGAUUUAUUAGUUAUCCUUUUAUUGAUUUUUUUUUUUAACAUUAACAAAGUAAAAAUAAGGUGCUUAUUUAAGAUUAAGAAUUUUUCUUUUUUGUGAUUUAGUAGGUAUUUAUUUUAUAUUUUAAUGUUAUUUAUUAAUUAAUAAUUUUUUAUUUUGUAAAAUAUUAGUUCCUGUGAUAGAAUAAUUACAAAUUGUCAUUUAUUUGUUUCAAACCAUGUAUAAUUUGUGUAUUAAUGAUUUUUUUUAAAAAAUUUGUAUGUUUUAAAGACUGUUUAAAAUGUAAACAAAUCUGAUCAGGAAACACAAAAAUAACACUGCAAUGAGGUUUAAAUUUCUCAAACUAUGUAAAGAAUUUUAUUCUAAAAUUAUAUGCCUAUAUUUUAUACCAUGAAAUCUGUUUUUAAUAUUAUGCUACAUUUGAUAUUAAAACUUUGCU